UUGCACCAUCAUGCCGACUCCCUCUCCCUCAGAGCAGCUGGGAGGGAGCCUGCUGUUUGGGAGUCCAGAGUUGGUUACAUGUUUCAGCGAGAACAUUCCUCGUGCUUGCUGUAGAGUGAACUUCACCUCCCUUGGGACUCUGACUGCCCCCUGCGGACUCCUACCAACUCCUACCUGUGGACGGAAGUGCCCAAGUGCAAAUAAGUCUCCCUCCCUGGGGGCAGAGAGGUGUGACGGGCCGAAGGGAUUAAGGGGUUUUAACCUCUCAUCUAUUGCUUCAAAAGGUCCAUCAUGUGGCCUUUUUUCAUAAGUGUCUGAGGCCGCGAGAGCGAGAUGGAGAAGCUGAAGGUGCCUGGCAGGUUUCUGGUUGCUGCCUGUGCUUUCCCAGCCUUCCCCCAUCGCUGCCGGGUUUGGAUGACAUGCCCUUCCCAGGGCUCCUUGGUCUAAGCCAUCCCUCAGAGAGAGACGUCUGGUAGGAGCUGGUUCUCGCCUAACUCAACAUGGCCAGCCAGCCGCCAGAGGACGCCGCCGAGCCACCGGUGUCGGACGAGCUGGAGUGCAAGAUCUGCUACAACCGCUACAACCUGAAACAGAGGAAGCCCAAGGUGCUGGGCUGUUGCCACCGCGUGUGUGCCAAAUGCCUCUACAAGAUCAUCGACUUUGGGGACUCCCCACAAGGCGUCAUCGUGUGCCCCUUCUGCCGCUUCGAGACUUGCCUCCCGGAUGACGAGGUCAGCAGCCUCCCGGACGACAGCAACAUCCUCGUGAACUUGACCUGCGGAGGCAAAGGGAAGAAGGGCCUGCCGGAGAACCCCACGGAACUGCUGCUGACCCCCAAAAGACUGGCCUCCCUGGUGAGCCCUUCGCACACCUCCUCCAACUGCCUGGUCAUCACCAUCAUGGAGGUGCAGCGCGAGAGCUCGCCGCCCCUCAGCUCCACGCCCGUGGUGGAGUUUUACAGGCCAGCGAGCUUUGACUCCGUGGCCGCCGUGUCCCCCGACUGGACCGUGUGGAACUGCACCACCCUGCUCUUCCAGACCUCCAUCCGGGUGCUGGUGUGGCUGCUGGGCUUGCUGUACUUCAGCUCCCUGCCCUUGGGGAUCUACUUGCUGGUGUCGAAGAAAGUCACCCUGGGGGUCGUCUUCGUCAGCCUCGUCCCCUCGAGCCUUGUUAUCCUGAUGGUGUACGGCUUUUGCCAGUGCGUCUGCCAUGAAUUCCUCGACUGUAUGGCCCCCUCCUCCUAGUAGGGUAGCACAGCAGGCAGGCGGACCCCCGUGGCCGUGCCAGCCGUUAGGUGAUCGAGAAUGCGUUUCUUCAUCUCUUUUACAGCCCAUGUCCAGGACGUUAACCAAACCACUGGCCCUAUCUGUGUGCGCCAUUUUCCGUCAUCACGUUGACAUGAGCCCCUCGCCCUGCCCUGGGUUUUAGCCCAGAUGCGAACACGUGAGCAAUGCUUGCUGGCACCCUGGGGGACUGAGUCUUCUAGAACAAGGUGUAGCUCCGCCCCGCUGACAGAUGUAGGGAGCAGGGAUGGUGUGGGCCGAGGUGCAGGUUGCUGGGGAAGGUUAGGAGGGAACCCAUCGCAGUUCUUGUCAUCGUGGAGAGUGUAGUCCAGGGGAACUGCCGCAAGACACACCUGUCUGCAUGGUGCGUGUGCACACACCCAUGUCAGAGCACCCGCAGUUGUCUCCUGGUGUUUCCUCCCGAGGUGACUGUCACUCUGGGGUUUGCUGCUUCCACAACGGGGCCUGCUCCUCGGGCGUGGAGAACUCAGACUCCUUCCCCCGGGCGGCUUCAGCUAAAUGCCUGUUGUGGCCCCAGCACUAACAGGAAUGUGCAGCAUGUCGAAUGUGCAUCGAAGUGAACGGUGUGACAGAAGGUGGCCCUUUUUCUUUGGGGAACACCCUCUCCCCCAGCCUUCUCUGCAGUUCCCACGGAGCAGUCGUUGCUCACGGAAACCCAAGUCUUCCCUGAAAGGCUCCGAGGGUGCUUCUGUCUGGGCUUGUGUUUGCGAGCACAUUGCUCCAUCAUGCCCCGUCCCCGGUUCGCCCUGAGCUUCCAUCGCAAUGAAUGGCUCUGUGGUGAAGAUCUUCUUCUUCCUUUUUAAAAAAAAUUUCUAAUUUUACACAUUCUUAAAUUCUACUGUGAUGAAUUUAAUCAUGUAACCAUUAGGGGUGGAUUGUGGCCGUGAUGAAAACUCAGAAACAAUAAAAUGCCUUAGCGUACGUUUGGAGACGUUUGCCGUACUGUAUUGAGUUGUACCAAACAUUGGUUAAGGCCAAGGCAGGGGCCUGGCAGGACACACAGAGCCUUGUGUUAAGAUGCUUAGAGGGAGUCAGGUGCAACUCAACUCCGUCUCUCCCUGUCCCUGUCAUUUUAUAAUCAGUUUUAGGAUGGAUUCAGACUCUUGCACAAUUGAGUUCUCAUGAAAACCAUGAGCUAUGUGACUUGAGUUAAUGGACCUCUGUUCUGAUGCAGGGGAAGUGGAAUGUAUAUAUUUAUAAGAAGUUGUUUAGCACACUUUUAGGUUUGGGAAUAGAAUGUCCAUAGAGACUAGGGUCGCAGUUGCCAGCGGGUGAGGGAAACUUAAUAGUCUUUAAACCCAUUACUGACGAUUAACAUGAAAAUAUUCGUAACUCUUAGACUGGGUCUUACGAAGACCCCUUUAACUAGUUUAUGAUGAAGCAUUUAUCGCGUGAUAUGGUUACAUUGGAUCCGUUCCAUUCUUCUUCAGGAAAAUUGACAUGUAUUUCUAGAUAGUAGUUUGAUUUUAACUGUACCACCAGUUUCUCUUUGAGACUACGUUUCCCCAAAGUUAAUAUGAUGGAAAGGAUAUGUGGGCUGGCCUAGUGAAUUUCAGCCCCAAGAUCCAGCUAAAUACAUCGACAGUUUCUUAAGCUCUAGUUUAGAUGGCAUUGUGAAUGCCGUUUCCAAAUUCCAUUUGUACUUAGAGUGAAAGCUAAUGUUUAGGAGAUCUUUUAUUUUUGGAUUUCUAUGUUUAUACAUUUUUUAAAAGUUCAAUUUUGUCUGAAAUGGAACAUCAAAUAAAUUGAUGAGUGGACCUUUGAUGAUAUUUCUAGAAGGCUCUGGACAUGUGCACUGUUAUUUUGCUCGUCUGCAGUCCUGGGUUUGUGUGUGUCUCCUCUGUACAGUGUGGUACUUUAAAAAUUUUUAGUUUCCAGCAAGGUAAUUGGAUUUCAAAGAGUUUUAAGUGUACGACAACAAAAACCUUUUCAUGCUGUUGAGUGGAGAAUGGGCAAUGCUUUACUGUUCCUUUCACUGUGAUAAUGUGUUGUUUGUGCAUUAAAUUGCUAUAAAUUUCCAAACCA